AUGAGCAAUAAUGAGGACAACCUUCUGCAAGAGAAUAGUAUAAGCACUUGUUUUUGGAACCAAUUUAUACAUCAAGCAAAUGGACAAGGGAUAGUCAUAAGUGUGGGAGAAGGACAAGUGGAAGACGUAGUACGCUUGAUCAAGGUUUUGAGAUACUUGAAAAACCUGCUACCCAUUGAAAUUGUACAUAAGGGAGACUUGUCCCAAGGUUCACAAGACUGGAUCAUAAGGACAUCGAGAACGACAAUAACUAUCAGUGAGGACUUUCUCAUCGAUGACUCUCUACAGGACAUAUGGUUUGUUGACGCUUCUAAGGCUAUUCAUCCACUGUAUAUCGAAGUGUUCAAACGGUUCUCGAAUAAAUGGAUUGCUUCUUUGUUCAAUUCAUUUGACGAAAUGGUGUUAAUGGACAGCGACACAGUUCCCUUUGUCCCCCCCGAGCAUUUCUUGAAUAUGGAAAGCCGUAAACUAAAAGGUGCACUUUUUUUUAAGGACAGAGCCAUUGGUGAGACCAUAAGUUCCAGCGACGUAUCAUUUUAUAAAGAACUACUUCCCUCUGUUGCAGAAUGGAAAUUAUUUAAUUUGUCGAUGGCUACAGAGAUAACCAUGGACAAUGCUUUCUUCAAACAUAAGCAGAAACAUGUAAUGGAAAGCGGAGUGGUUGUAUUACAGCGUAGUACUCAUUUGUUAGGAUUGUUAAUAUCCACCGUCCUACAGUUGAAGAAGGCGACCAGCUCGCCUAUUUACGGAGAUAAAGAGCUAUUUUGGUUAGGCCAAUCAAUUGCUGGCAAUGAAGAUUACACAUUCAACUCCAAUUCCGCUGGUGCCGUGGGAGUAGUAAAAGACGAUAUUUACAAAGACUUUUAUUCGAUCUGUUCUACCCAGGUAGCUCAUUUCGACAGUCACAAGACUUUAUUAUGGCUCAAUGGUGGCUUGAAGGUAUGCAAGAAACCUUCAUGGCAACGGGACUAUGCGAAACAAAAGCACUUGAGAAAGACGUUCAAAUCUGUGGAAGAGUUAAAGGAAAACUACCAAAGCUCAAUGCAGAUUAAUGGUGCCAUUAUACCGAAUAAUGUGGAGUAUAAGUUCCUCAAGAAACCUAGCCGAGGCUUUAAGAAGAAUCCGUCUUUGGGCUGUUCCGGUUAUUUCUGGUGUGCAUUUACGCAUGUAGACGAUUAUGAGGACUACGUGAUCAGAUACACUCAAGAGGAAAUCAGACAAUUUGAUAUCAUCAUCAAGAUAUGGAGUUCCUAG